GUCUGUCAAGUUAACUAUAUGAGCUGCUUUUGCUCUUCCGAGUGAGUCAUGUUUACCUGCCUCUUAACCCUCCCCUUUAAUAGUCUCUACUCUGAUAAGAGUCCCAAAGAGAGUGGGACAAUUCUCAGUGUGUCUGUCAUUCCCUCCUUUGGAAGGCCGUUUGAGAUCCAUCCUGGAACAUUAGCUACCGGCUAAAUAUACACUGGAUGGCUAGUUUUUUUUAUACAACCCAGCUAAGAACAGUCAGCCAAGAAUAAUGGGAUGAGUAAAGGAAGAAUCUAAAUGGUAUACCUGUUUCACUGGGCCAAGGAAAACAUCAGCUCAGGAAAGACGUCAAGACUGUGGAGGCCUGGGACUGGGAGGAGGGAAAGUGGAGCUACACAGAACAUACAGUAUUGACUUACCUGAGCUGGACGAUCAGGAAGACACAAAAAAGGAAUGGAAUGACAGUGGUGAAAAAGUGGGCCGUUUUGGAGUGGUGACCAGAAGAGGAAGGUCUUGCAACAGUCUGGCCUGGUGGCUCAUAAUCAGACUAUUGUUUUAGGCCGGGUGUGGCCUCCUGAAGAAGUGACCAGAACCAUGAAACUGUCUGGGACUGUGCUGGAUCUCAACUCCACUGACUACAGCUCCACCCUUGACCCCUCCUACACCAUGCUGGAGUUUGAUAACCUCAGAGUGUUUCCCAUAGAUACAGAGUCAGUGAUACCGGACCCUCCCUCUCUGCUGCCUCAGACCAAUGGGACUGUGUGUUCCAUUUGUGCAGACAGGGCAACAGGUAAACACUACGGGGCGUCCAGCUGUGAUGGCUGCAAGGGCUUCUUCCGGAGGAGCGUCAGGAAGAACCACGCGUACACCUGCAGGUUCAGCAGACAGUGUGUUGUGGACAAAGACAAGAGGAACCAAUGCCGUUACUGCAGGCUUCGGAAAUGUUUCAGAGCGGGCAUGAGGAAAGAAGCCGUGCAGAAUGAGCGAGACCGCAUCAGCAGCCGCAGAGGAGAGGGACACGGCCUGGGUACUCUGUCCAUUAGUGUGCUGCUACAGGCAGAGGCCGGCACGCAUCAGUUCGCAGCCCUGACCUCGCCUAUGAGCUGUGACAUCAACGCCAAGAAGAUUGCGGGCGUGGGGGAUGUGUGUGACUCCAUGAAGCAGCAGCUCCUCCUGCUGGUGGAGUGGGCAAAGCGCAUCCCAGAGUUCUGCAGCCUCCCUGUGGAUGACAGGGUUUCCCUGUUACGAGCCCAUUCUGCUGAACACCUUAUCCUAGGGGUGACUCGCCGUUCCCUUCCUUACAACGAAAUCAUCCUCCUGGGUAAUGACUUUGUGAUCCCAGUGAGUGGCCCUGAGAUAGAGAUCUCUAGGGUGGCAGCCCGGAUCCUGGAGGAGCUGGUCAAGCCUUUGAGAGAGCUGGACAUCACUGACAGCGAGUUUGCCUGCAUCAAAACCAUUGUUUUCUUCGCACCUGAUUGCCCAGGGCUGGAGGCCCCUCAGACAGUGCGGAGGUUGCGUUUCCAGGCCCAGGUAUUACUGGACCAGGCCACCUGUGAGCAGCGGGGGCGUUUCGGGGAACUGCUGCUGAUCCUGUCCCCCCUGCAGAGUGUGGCCUGGCAGAUGGUGGAGUCCCUGCAGCUGGCCAGGAUCCUGGGAGAGGCCAGCGUGGACAGCCUGCUACAAGAGAUGCUGCUAGGGGAGAGGGUGGCCGGGACCCUGGAACAACGCACAGGGCAUGGUUCAAACUCAGAGGCAAUGGCAUUCCAUGUACCCCAAGCUCACGCACUGUCUCAGGACCUACUAGGAGGCCACGUUGGAUUGCCCAACAACUUUACAUCUGUCAUCCUACCUGUCCCUAGCUCUCUGCCAGUGGGGCCCACACUGACUGGCACUGAGGUGUACAGACAUGGGGAGGCGGCAGACGUGCCCACAGAGUCAGCCCACGGCAUGCCCAUGGCAACUGUCCAUACCUGCCUCUGAGAUGCCAACUGAGCAGCAACACAAGCUGCUCAGCCAGACAGGAGAAACAAGCUGUGUGGUUGAAAGACACAAACACUGUGUACACAUACCCUUUACCAACGCGCUGCACAUGUAAAAGGAAAACACUAACCCACAGGCCUUGGUGUUGCUGCACCCAUCACCACAACGUAAAGAAGUGGCUUUUCCAUAGACACUAGUAACCCAAAGAUGGACUUUGAAUCAGACUGAAAAUCCUCUUCUCUAUCCACAUUAGAACGAUCCCCACGAGGAAUGUGAAGGAUACUAUUAAUCAUUGAUCUGAAAUUUAUAUUUUGGUUAACCAUUCAUGGACAAUAAAGGCCAGAGCUCAAUCUGAUUUUAUCUUUAUUAGAUAAUGGUUGGGUUGUAAGGCUGUUUUGAUAUGCAAAUGAAAAGCGAGAAGUGGCAGUGGAAAAGUAAGAACAAUGUCAUCCUGUUUCUCUUCAGGCUCAAAGUUCAUGCAGAUGUUGGCUUGUUAUUUACUUUUAUAAUUGCAAAAAUACAAACAAAAUGGAAAUAAAUGAAUCGUAAAUAUA